AUGCACAGGGACGUUGAGACACCCGAAACCCCCGAAAAAUGGGAACCAAAUCUGGACCUACUGACUGUCUCUGGAUUCUUCAACUUCGGAAGGUAUGUUACCACCUUUUUAUUACUGUUUUUCUCAGUUUUAGACCCAAUUUCGCCAAGAAUAAUAUUGUUGCAGAGAGGCGGAUGUGAUUUUUUGUCAGAACCGGCGAAAGAAAAGCCUGGGCUUUUGCGCAUUGAAGCUGCGUUCGAUUUCUGACUCGGACAGUAAUUUCGAAGAGAUUGUAAGUGGUUUUCACACUGAUUUUUCCGAUUUUAAACCAACUCCUCAUGUGUAAUAUAAAUUGAUCUCCAAAAUGUUGAAUUUCCAGAUGAACGAAGUGAAAGUGCUCCAAGUGCACCAUCAUGAGAAUAUUGCUGGUGUUCAUUGUGCUGCGGUGGUUAGUCGAGACGUUCUUGGGCUUGUUAUGCCGCCUUAUUUGGGACUCAAGCUGUUGUUGGACUUGACCAAGGAAAUGAGGUUAGUAUAUAGGUAAAUCGUCCGAAUUUCUGUUCGAUUUUUAGGUCAAAAUGUAGGUGAAGAGCUGCUCUAACUAUUUUUAGACAUGAGAAUUCUCCGGAGAUGGUGAUCAACGAGGUAUUGGCCCGGCAACUUAUCCAUCAAGCUCUGAAAGGGCUCAGUUUUCUUCACUCGAUUGGAUACAUUCAUAGGUCUCUAAAUUUGAACUGCUUGAUGCUGAGUGAUGAGGGAUGUCUGAAGAUUAGCGGGUUCUCGCGGCUCCUUCAAUUCCAGCCGGCUGUCGAUCCCAUGGGCAAGAGUUGCAAACCAUUUCGUCCGACUUGUUCGCAGUACUUUGAAAGUGCCCCGGAGAUGUUUGUCCCUGGAAUUUUGAAUCAUCCGGAGAUAUUUCCCGAGGCGGAUAGGUCUGACGAGUACGAUAUUAGAGUGGACUCUUGGUGAGUUGUUAUUUGAGUUUGUUUUUUGUUCGACUUUUAGGAGAAAUCGUCAAUUUUAUGUUGUACUUGAUAUCUAAAGUAAGAUAUUGGUCAUGGAGCGGGGGUUUGAUGAUUGAAUGCGGGAUUUAGAGUUUUAUAUUACGUAAUAUGAUGUGGUUGAGCUGACUGAGGCGUUGAGGCGCUGAUUUAACCUCGAUUUUUAUCAAAAUUUUUUGAUCUAUUGUCAAGUGUAACAUCGAUGAUUUAUAUUGUUAUUUUGGAAAGUUUGCUGAAGUUGUUUAUUCAGUAGAAGCUACAGAGAGUGUUUUAGCGAUUUUUACAUUUUUUUAACAUGUUGCGCCAUGUUACAUAACCAAAAUUUACAAUUUUCCAACAUGCAUUUGAGUGGUCAUGGAUAAUAUAGAAUUGAUAUUUUCUUGUAGAAAUAGUAUCUUUUUGGAUUUAAAUGUUUAUUUUAGGAGUCUUGGCUACACUCUGCUCUAUUUACUGUUCAGUCAGCGCCCAUUCACUCGCUGCAAUGACAUGAAAACGCCCGAGGAUUUGAUGCACACCGAGAAUGUGGAAGUUCAGCUGAGAGAUUGGGUUACGCGCUACUGCGAUAAGGUAAAUUGUUUUUAUUAUUCAGUAAACAUCCUGUUUGAUCGUUUGGCAGCUAUUUUCGGCUUUUCUUUGAAAAUUUUUAUAUUACUUUAGGAGUCGGAAUGGGCUUGCUGGAGUGAUGUGUUCGGGAAAAGAGGUCCAAAACUUCAAAAGAUGGUCAGUCCGGAGUUCAAACGGUUUAUUAAGGAUGCCAUGCGGAUCAACAAGCUGAAACGUUGGACUUGCGAGCAAUUAUUGAAGCAUCCUUGGAUGAAAUUGGAGAAAUUCGAUGGUUUCGAGAUGGAAAAGGAACGCAUGUGUCCGGAAGACCGUCGAUUGAUCAAACAGAAGUUCCUUGGAGAAGGUAAAAGCGGAUUUUUGAUCGAUUUUCAAAAAUUUUUAUAUUACACUAGGCAAAAAUUUCAGAAUACCUCGGAAAAAUGGAUGAAAUUGUUGCGGGAAUGUCCGAAUCGGUGAUUAAAACCCCGGAUCAAGUCAAGAUCGGUCCGCAUGAGUGUUUGAUAACCGUCAUGACGAUUGUGAAGAAGGAAGUAAGGGGUUUGGCCUAGUGUAAUAUAAAUUUUUAGAGAUAUAUGGUGAGAUUUGUGGUCAGCACACAGUGGGUCAAGUCCCCGAAGAGGAAAUUGGAGCAGAUUGUGCGCACGAAGCUGCUGCCAUUUGCUGAGAGCAAUUUGUUGAGGUAAGGAAAAGGUUUUUUGGGUCCCACCACGAAAACUUCAGAAGCUGGGAAAUGCGUUUAAUUUGAAGGAAAUGGAUUUUGAUGGGUGCAUAAUGACGUAGAAUUUAUUUUGGAGCAUUUUAGAGGCUUUUUUUGGUGCUUUUUAAGAAAUUUUUGGGUCCCACCACGAAAACUUGAGAAUCUAGGAAAUGGCGUUUAAUUGAAGAAAAUGGGUUUCUAUGGGUGCAGAAAGGCUUAGAAUGUUAUUUGGAGUAUUUUCGAGGCAUUUUUGGUGUAUUUUAAAACAUUUUUGGGUCCCACCACGAAAACUUGAGAAGCUGGGAAAUGGCGUUUAAUUUGAGGAAAAUUGAUUUUUAUCGGCGCAGAAAGACUUAGAAUGUAAUUUGGAGUAUUUUAGAGGCAUUUUGGUGUAUUUUUUGAAAUUUUUUGGGUCCCACCACGACAACUUGAAAGUCGCCAAAAUCACCCGGGAAUGGCGCAAAAUUGCGUCGAAUUGAUUUUAUACACUGUUACAGGAUUAUUUGAACUAAUUAUUGAAUUAUUUUUAUUAAGAUUACUGUAAUUUUCCCUAAAUUUUUUGCAGAAUCUCCGAGUACGUGAAAUUAACCGCCGUCGCGGUGCAUUUGGUCGACAAGUUCCGCGAAGACGAAGAGAACAACAUGUUCAUCUAUCGGUGUUUCGUGCUGCACAACAGCUCCGCCAACCCGAACUUUGACACGCUGGAUGAGAUGGGCAUGGUGAUGAUCAGCUCCCAUUUGAAGUACUCGGACAAGGUUUGUCUCUCGAAAUGGCCGGGAAAAGAGCUGGAAAUGGACAAGAGAUUCCUCAUCCAGAUGUCCGAGCUGGAGAAAAAGAACAAAGGACUCUUCGAACGGUUCAAGGACCGGGUUUUGCACUGUAGAAAAAAGAAUGAAGGAGAAGGUAAGGGUGGGAAAUUUGGGAUGAAAUGGAAGAGGGAGGAGUGUAGUUGUUGUAUGUGAGAGAUGAAAAAAAUUGAGGAUGAUUUUUGAGGGUUACGGUAACAAAAAGUAAAAUUUUUUGGGGAUUUUGGGUAAAAGGGCCGAAAAUAUUGUAAAAUGUAAGGAGAAAGGGGGAAAUUUUGGGUUGAAAAGAUAGAGGGAAGACUGUAGUUGUUGUAUGUGGGCGAUGAAAAAAAUUGAAGAUGAUUUUUGAGGGUUACGGUAACAAAAAGUGAAAUUUUUGGGGGAUUUUGGGUAAAAGGGCCGAAAUUAUUGUAAAAUGUAAGGUGAAUGGGAGAAAUUUGGGGAUCAAAAGAUAGAGAAAAGUCUGUAGUUGUUUAUAGUUGGGAUUGGCGAACAAAUCAAGGGGUGUAUUAAAGACUACUGUAACAAACAAGAAAUUUUCAGCUUUUUUUGGGGAAAUUUUGAAAACACUAGGUGUAAUCGGAAAAUAGCCGUCUUUUUUUGAGUGUUAUUGAGAGGAUAGACUAUGAAGAUUGUUUAUUAGAAAGUUUGGAGUAAGUCCUAAGGGUAUUUACGCCGUUUUUGGCCAAAAGGUUGGAAUUUCCUCGAUUUUUACUAUUUUUUAGCAAAAAGCGUAUAAAAUUAGGUAAGAAAUCUGGUAUAAUACCCUGGUAGUGGAAUAAUUGACUCUAAGCCUCGAUAUUUUACUAGUUUAGAGUUGUUCCCUAAGGGUAUUGAGCGAAUAUUUGCUAAAAAUCCGCAAAAAUCCGAUUUUUUGACGAUUUUUGGGCUUUUUUCACUGAUUUUUAUAAAAAUAAUAGGUCUAAAAUUGCUGUAAUCCAUGUUUAUUUAUUUAUUUUUUCAGCCUCCACAUCCACCAAACAACCAGACGAGGAGGAGCUGUACCAGACCGCCCCCGACGACCAUCUCCACCUCAGCCAAGUGGAGGCCGACAAAUUCUGCGAACAAAAGAAGAAAUUCCGCCUCCGCCAACGACUCCGCCACUUUUUCAGCAACAACAACACCCACAGAGAGUACCGCCUCUAG